AUGCCUCCAAAAGCUUCAUCUCUGUGCUAUGCUACUACAGGAAAGGCCUGCUAUCACAUCUUGGCAGUCAGACUGCAGAUUGAUCAUGGAUCAGUAAAGGACUAUAUUGAGCUUGAAACUAGUCAGAAACUUCGUGGACCAGCUGCAAAGGGCCAGACACAAAAUCCUAUCAAGGAAAAGACAGGCCGGCGUCAUCAAGCUGCUUCUGAUGCAACAGUUACUAGAGAUCUGGAGAAGAUCUUUUUGCGUUUGAAGGAGGAAGAGGAGGACUCUGAUUCUAAGUCUUUGGCUGAAAGUCCAAUUUCUGAUAUCAAAACCAAACAGGCCAAUAAAGCUCUGGUGUCUCAGCAUCCUCAAACUCCUCAAAAAGGCCGAGGUGUAACAGCAGGCAGACGUCCUGCUGUCACACCACUUCAUCCAAAUCGCACACCUGUUAAGUUCAGUCAGAAAACAGGACCUAAGCCCAAGCCACACAAUUCUCUUCUGCCCUCUCUUCCAAACUCUCCCAUCAAGCCAGUCAACUUUUCCCCCAAAAAAUUAUGA